GAAAACAGUGAAGCAAAAGGUGCAGCUAAUUGAUAUACUAAAGAGCUGCACUUUGGAGUUAUCUGUAAAUAUAGUACGGGAUCAAAUGGAUGUAACUUUUUUUAACGUUAAAGAAAUAUAUCACCAUAAGACGGAUAAAGAGAUAAGAGAUGCCAUUUCGAUGCAUCGAACUGAGUCGGAAGUUCUUCGAGCUUUCCGAAGUGAAUACGUGCGCAGCAUUAAUUCACUUCCCCGAACGGUGCCCCCACAUGGGAACCAGUGGGCAGGACAGAGUGCACCUUCCACGAACCAGUGGGCAGGACAGGGUGCACCUUCCACGAACCAGUGGGAAGGACAAAUUGUACACUCCACAAAUCAGUACGUUCAAAGGGAUAACCCUCGAAAGGACAACAUGAACCCCCCCACUGGAGCAGAAUCAUAUGCAUACGCACAAACCGCGUAUGUGCCCAUGACCCCCAACACGGGGAUGACGAAUAGUCACUACCACUACACCCCAGUGAUUCACCAAAAGGAAUUAACAUCUGCAGGUGGUAAAAUCCCCGUUUCUGUGUCCACUCAGUUGAAUAGUGGGACCGUUUUGGCAAAUCAUUCUUCACACCAUACGGGUAUGAACAUCAACAGUAGCGUGAGUAACCCUAGCGUGAGUAACCCUAGCGUGAGUAACCCUAGCGUAAGUAACCCUAGCGUAUGUAACCCUAGCGUGAGUAACCCUAGCGAGAAAUAUAACAUGUGUACCCCCCACAUGGUGGAUAAUUUUUACGGAGGGGGGAACCACACAAAUCAAGUUCCCUACCAAAGUGGUAUGUACAAUGUCGGUGGAGCGUCUCCCUACUCAGACAAAAUCCUGCACCACUCAUCUAGAAACAAAAAAAAGGCAUUACUCAUCGGAAUAAACUAUUACGGUUCUAGGGAAGAAUUAAGUGGCUGUACAAAUGAUACAGUUCGAAUGAUGAACCUGUUAAUUUCAAAAUAUAAUUUUCACGAUUCUCCAACAAGUAUGGUUAGAUUAAUCGACAAUGAAAGCAACCCUAAUUAUAGGCCUACCAGAAAAAAUAUUUUGUCUGCCCUUACUUGGCUCACGAAGGAUAAUGAACCUGGAGAUGUAUUUUUUUUUCUAUACUCUGGACAUGGGUCCCAACAAAAGGAUUACACGUAUUUGGAAGAUGAUGGAUAUAAUGAGACUAUCCUUCCUUGUGACCAUAAAACGGAAGGACAAAUUAUCGAUGAUGAGUUACACAGGUUUUUGGUUCAACCUCUGAAUGAUGGAGUUAAAUUAAUUGCGGUAAUGGACUGCUGCAAUGCGGGUAGUUGUAUCGAUUUGGCUUAUAAGUAUAAACUAAAAUCGAGGAAAUGGAAGGAGGUGAAAAAUCCCUUCCACGUGGUGUGUGAUGUUAGCCAAUUCAGUGGGUGCAAAGAUAUGGAAUUUUCACACGAAAUUGACACAGGGAGACAUGCCCCCGGGGGAGCACUUGUCACGGCGAUGAUACACGUUUUGGGGGCAAGCGAGGCGGCACAGGGGGCGCCACGUGGGGCAAACGCACUCACUUACGACCACCUACUGCAAAACGUGAGCAGCUACAUCAGCAGCUAUCACGACCAGAAAAUUGUUUUUAUGGCUUCUCAAAAAUUCGACCUCAACCGCGUUUUCGAUUUCGACCACAUCCUAAAAAAUAAAAAUGGCAAUUUGGGACAAAAUGUGAACAAACUCGUGCAGAAAAAUAAGAAGAACAAAAAGAGCAAGAAGAACAAACACGACUUCUUCUCCUUCUUCUGA